UCACCCAGUCACCCUCACGUGGCCUCACGGACGCAGAGAAAAAGCCCUAAACCUCUGCGCCGGCGUUCCAAACCUAGCGCAGCCCGCCGGUAAUCUUCCACCGUCGCCGCCGUCCCUUUUCUCCACCACCGCUCGAACCUACGCCGGCCAGACCGUGGACAUGGCACCAUCCGCAUCCAAGCGCCGCAAGGCAGCACCUUCCCCUCCCCCUCCGGAGGCGUCCUCCGACUCCGGCAGCGACUCUGACCUCCACCUCGACGACCACUCCGACCCAGAGGAAAGCUUCUUCUCCGCAAGGAGCGCCGCCGAUGACGACGACGACCAGGAUUUCUCCGCGAGCGGCGAUGAAGAGGAGGAGGAGGAGGAGGAGGAGAAGGAAAGCCAUGACGAUGACGAUGAUGACGAGGAAGAAGAAGAAGAUGAUGACGAUGAUGGUGAGAUGGGGGAGCUCGAGCAGGAGUAUCGCACCCUCCAGGCCAACCAACAAAACAUUCUUCAGACUUUGAAACAGCACAAAGACGAGGAUGCCUCAAGAGGCCUGGCGGUCAAAAACCAAAAGGUGCUAUGGGAUAAGUCACUGGAAAUGAGAUUCUUGCUGCAAAAGGCAUUUUCAACAUCAAACAAGCUUCCCAAGGAUCCCAUGAAGUCGAUGUUUUGUAGCAGCGAUCAGGAGAUAGAGCAAGCCUAUGUUGAUCUGUUGGAUUCAUCAAAACAGACUCUUGGUUGCAUGCUGGAGCUGCAGGAGGCUUUACUGGAGCGGAACCAGGCUGCAAAGGGUCUGAAUGAUGUGUUACCUGACUCAAAUGGAGAGAAUGAUGAGUGGUUGGAAGUACAGAAAUUGCAGACAAGGAUAACCCCGUUCAGAAAUACUGAGAUAGAUAAAUGGCAGAGGAAAACACAGGUCACAACUGGCGCUGCUGCACUGAAAGGAAAGUUGCAUGCAUUUAAUCAGAACAUAAGUGACCAAGUUGCUGGUUAUAUGAGAGACCCAAGCAGGAUGAUUAACAGGAUGUACUUGCGGAAAUCUGAUGUUGGUGUAUUUGGGGAGCGCGCAGCAGAUCCUGGUACUACUGAGGAGGGGAAGAAUGUGGAUGGUGAUCCUGAACUUAUUGACGAUUCCGAAUUUUAUCAUCAACUUCUCAAGGAGUUUCUCGAGUCAUGUGAUGCUGGGGGAUCUGAGACUGCGUUCUAUGCUCUAAGAAAGAAGCAGCACAAAAAGAGAAAACUUGUUGAUCGACGUGCUUCAAAGAGCAGAAAGAUAAGGUAUACUGUUCACGAAAAGAUUGCUAAUUUCAUGGCCCCUGUACCUAUGUCCGUUCCUCCAAUGGCCACAAAAUUGUUUGAGAAUUUGUUUGGAACGGGCGGCCAAAAGUCAACCACAGUUUGAUGUAAGAGAUGACUAAAAAAAUCAAAUUAGAAUCUUUAGCUAGGCCUUUUGAAAUUGUAACAUGUGAUGAUGCUCACACAAAUAGUGAAGCAAAUAUUUUUUGAACUGUUUGGCCUGUUUGUUGCGAGUGAAGCUACGCAAGCCAAUUUAUUACUGUAUGCUCUUUUAGAGGAUGUAAGCCAGUUUGUUUCUGGAAGUGUUAUCGAAAAUUGAAAUAAAUGAACUGGCAAACAAAUUUUGUA